UUUGGGAAGCUCAGCUCGGUCGCCGGGAUGGGCGGGUACCUAUAGGCAGGUAUACCCCUGUUGCUUGGGUGCCCUCACUGGGCAUCCCCGCAGCAUUCUGGGCACCUCCUCACCCCCGGCGGUCGAGGCUGGCCACCGGGUGAGUGCGAUCGGGGCAGAGGGCUGCAGCAGUAUCAGUCGGGGCCUGUUGGGAAAAACCGGGUGUGUGUGGAGGUGACUGUUGGAAGCUUCGGGUAGCGGUCCGGAGAACUGAGUUUAGAUGUCAUCACUGUCACCAAUUUCUCGAGUGACAUGAGAAAUAUCUUUUUGUUCAUGGAAAACAAGAUUAUCUCCUUAUCCAGAAAGAUGAAACCAGCUGAGUUACUUUCAAAAGACAACCAAAUGAGCACCGCAAACUAAUGAGUAGAAUCAAUAAGAACGUGAUUUUGGCGCUUUUAACUUUGACCAGUUCUGCAUUUCUGCUAUUUCAGUUAUACUACUACAAGCACUACUUAUCAGCAAAGAAUGGAGCUGGUUUAUCAAAAUCCAAAGGAAGCCGAAUUGGAUUUGAUAGCGUACAGUGGCGUGCAGUUAAAAAAUUUAUUACACUAACAUCAAGCCAAAAUGUACCUGUGUUCCUUAUCGACCCUUUGAUUCUGGAAUUGAUUAAUAAAAACUUUGAACAAGUCAAAAAUACUUCUCAUGGUGUCGCUUCAGAAUGCAACUUUUUCUGUGUUCCAAGAGACUUUACUACAUUUGCACUACAGUAUCACCUAUGGAAGAAUGAGGAAGGCUGGUUUCGGAUAGCUGAAAAUAUGGGAUUUCAGUGUCUAAAGAUCGAGAGCAAAGAUCCCCGGCUCGACGGGAUAGACUCGCUUUCCGGAACCGAGAUCCCCCUGCACUACGUCUGCAAGUUGGCCACUCACGCCAUCCACUUGGUGGUCUUCUACGAGAGGAGUGGCAACUACCUCUGGCACGGCCCUCUACGGCUCAAAGGUCACAUUGACAAGAAAUUUGUUCCUUUUCGAAAGUUACAGUUUGGUCGUUAUCCGGGAGCUUUUGACAGGCCAGAAUUACAACAAAUCACUGUUGAUGGACUAGAAAUCCUCAUUCCAAAAGAUCCAACGCACUUUCUAGAAGAAAUGCCACACUCUAGGUUUAUUGAGUGUAGGUAUAAAGAAGCUCGAACGUUCUUUCAGCAGUACCUUGAAGACAGCACCGUGGAAGCUAUGGCCUUUCGGAAGAGUGCGAAGGAGUUGCUGCAACUCGCAGCCAAAACGUUAAAGCAAUUGGGAGUACGGUUCUGGCUGAGCAGCGGAACUUGCCUAGGAUGGUAUCGACAGUGCAGUAUCAUUUCUUAUAGUAAAGAUGUUGACAUAGGAAUUUUUAUACAAGAUUACAAAUCUAAUAUUAUUUCAGCAUUUCAGGAUGCAGGACUUCCACUCAAACACAAAUUUGGGAAGGUAGAAGACAGCUUGGAACUGUCUUUCCAGGGAAAAGAUGAUGUGAAACUUGACAUUUUUUUCUUCUAUGAAGAGACUGACCAUAUGUGGAAUGGAGGCACUCAGGCCAAGACAGGAAAAAAAUUUAAAUACCUGUUUCCCAAGUUUGCACUGUGCUGGACCGAGUUCGUAGACAUGAAGGUCCGGGUGCCCUGUGAAACCAUCGAAUACAUUGAAGCCAACUAUGGUAAGACCUGGAAGAUUCCGGUGAAGACGUGGGACUGGAAGCGCUCUCCCUCCAACGUGCAGCCCAAUGGGGUCUGGCCUGUCUCCGAGUGGGACGAGGUCAUCCAGUUAUACUGAGACGGGAGGCCGAAAUGGUGGAAUCCCCCCGCCUGAAAAACAGGUGGCUCAGUGUUUGAAAAGAUGCAUAUCUAUUUGUCAAAUGUAAGUAGGAGCCAAAGAAACAUGACAAGUUUGAAGGCACAGAAAAAGUUCUAACUCCCAAGCCAACUGAUUUCAUCCUCCCAUUUAACAUUUGUUAAGGAGUCUGCAUGUGCCAGGCACAGUGCUAGGCUACCGCAGAGAGCAGAGACGAGUGAGACAGAGGCCUGCCUCCUCUUCUCCCUCCCUUUGGUAAGCACCCCGAUUUUCCUUUGAGGGAAACAUGCUUACUCUUUAAACAGCUCAUAGAAUGUGACGUGUUCUCUAAGAGCUUUCAAAAAGUUAGACGAUGGUUGGACUGGAAGAUGGGCUCACCAGAAGAGGUUAAGGAAGGAUACACUAGUUAAAAAGAAUGAGCCAUUCCUGGUCUCUGUGUUUAAGUUUGUACGUUAGAGAUACUUUUCAGGUUGUGGCAUCUGAGUUAAUAUUCAAGGAUCCGACUUCAGGUGGCAUCAAGAAAAGAUGCUGGCGGGUUCAUGGUGUGAGCAUCCUGCGGGGGAGUUGACUUACAGCUCAGGGCAGCGUCCUACAAGAGAGUGAGAGCUCAUGUCCAGCCUUGUCAAAGAUACCCACGUUUUCAUACACUUUCUGUUUUCAUGUGUGAAGUGCAAGGAGAGCUUAUGUUUGUGUAAUGCUUAAAUUUCUAGCCAUUGUGAGGAUAUUUUCAGUGACUCCUGAUAGCACUUGUUCACAAAUCAUUCAAGUGAGACCAUGCUACCAGACAUGAUAUCGAAAGGGCUGUCGCUGCACAAAACUUGCUUUCCUUAUCUCAUUCUCAGCCAUCUGUUAGGUAGAAAUCCAAGCUAUUCAUGGACAUUCAGUCUUUUCUGAUUUAGAGUCCCUCUACUCUUCAGUUACAUGGUAUGUAGGCCUGCCUGUUCCCUCUCUCUUCUAAAACUACAUCAGGUCUCCAAAAUGAAGAUAAAUGGAAAACCUUGCGACUCUUCUCCACCCCAGAUCACAGUGUUUGUGGUGUUUGUAUCAGUUCUAGUGGUUUUGUCUGUUGAAUAUCAAUGGGACAAGGACUCAGACUUCCCUAGUUUACCUCCCACUCUGAGAUCCUCAUUGCCUUUUCCUCCACAGAACACAGCCCUGAGUAGGCUGGGAUGGCUCUGUCUUCCCCGUCUCUCCAUGAGUCACUUUAAUUAUGUAUUCUUGGUGAGGAUUAAAGGCAUGUGUAGGCACAAUAAACACCUCCACUUCCUUUUUCCCUUUUGGUCCAGGAGAGGAAGCUUAGGCUGCUUAGGACUACUUUCCGAACCAGACUGGCAGAUUUUUCUCUACCCUCUUCCUUCAUAGUAAUUCUGAAAUACCCUCUUCCUUCAUAGUAAUCUGAAAUAAAAGUCAGAUUUUCCUGGCAAAAAAUAAAUAGAUAGAUAGAUAGAUGGAUAAAUGUAAAAAUAGAGAAUACUGGGAGUGUCAGAAAAGGAAACUGAAAAGUUUGAGGGGAUGGGCUUACCAAGUUUUCUUAAAACACAAUUGGGGAAGGUAACCUACAAGCACCUCACUCCAAAUUUUAAAGACAAUGAAAACUUUUUUAAAAAGAUUUUAUUUUAUAGAGCGGGGAAGGGAGGGAGUAAGAGAGGGAGAGAAUCAUUGAUGUGCAAGAGAAACAUCGACCAAUUGCCUCU